AUGGCGACUGCGCUGAAGAUUCAGCUUUCGCCGAAGACGGACUCGGGGAUCUUUAACUCUGGGGUGAGGGAGGAUACGGCGCGGGCGGCGAGUGAGGCGUUGCAGAUGGAUAUAGAGAGACAUCAUGUUUUCUUCAACGACGAGGGAUUCCAUAAUCAUAUCCCGCAUCACCUUUUGAGCAUCUAUGCUCUCGGGGGAUCGCCCGAGGAUAUCCGCACCGCCUACGAGAGAAAUAAUUCCUAUCAGCGCCCGGUUGUCCCUGGCGUUGUGGAGGUUAUUGAGAACUUGAACGAGACUGCCGAUUUCAAGGAGUGCCUUGGGAAAGAGAAGCAUUAUCCCAAUUUCUUGUCGUUCUUCCAACGUCAGAUUGAUGAGAAGGGCGUUGGUGCUGUACUCAAUGAGUACAUCUUUGCUGCGAAUGAGCAGGCGGAGAAUAUGCUGUGCCGACUGUUUGGAGGUCUGCUGCACCCGCUCAUUCAUCUCGGCUUUGGGAUUGAAUUCAAUCAACCUGUCAUCGUGGCCGAAGCCCUUGCACAGGCCGCAGUCCAUGAUGACCGUCUGGGUCGCGAUUUCUUCCUCCCUGCCGAGAAGACCGCAAGCGGAAUUGGAAAUCCUGGGAGCAAGUCCCUUGGACAGCUCUUGGAAGAAGUUUGCAAGGACGAGACCUUGUCUCGCUCUGCCAAGACCACUGACGUGAACAAGAUUCGAGACGGGGUGUUGCAUCGUGCUCCACAGGAAAUGAUCAAGUAUGCUGCUCAGUACACCGUAUCUGAAGACCAAUUGGAGGAGAGACUGGCAGAGAUGAUAAAUAACGUCGUCUACUACACCAGUGCCGCCCAGCGACCAAGCAAAAAAGUCAAAAUGGAUUUUUUCUUCAUCCACUGCGUCAAUUCGUCCAUCUUCUUCUCGAAGCUCGCGCAUCUCCCCGCUCUUGAUCAGCGAACUCGACUGCGUCUUCUGGAGUGGAAGGGCCGCAUGGACCUGUUAAUGUACGUGUCGCGCGGUUGCCCCGAGCUUCUGCGAGAAGAGAUCACCAACUACCCCGUGAAAUACGACUGGCCAGCCCUGUUUGCCCAUGCCAUAUCGCACCCCCAGGACGAUGGGCACUUGGCCAAGUUUGUGCGCGCAGUUGCACACGGGGAGAAGGUGUGUAAAUCAUUUGAGAGCCAGGGACCACAGGCUAUGCCCGUAUCUGGCAAGAUGUGGCUCCAAAUUGGUAACAUGGCUAUCGACUCCACUGUUGGGACUGAAGAAGGCGCGAUGUGGAUCCGCUCCACUGGUUUCGAUGAGGCAUGGGAGCACGUCUCCGAACGUGCCCGGCUCUGA